ACCUUGCUUAUGCACGCAUAUCUGCAGCAUCAUUCUCCCCCCUCACACAUACACACAGUCCAUCUUAUCCCCUCCCUCCAUUACAGAGGGCUGUCACGACUCAUCGUAUGGAACCACAGGGAAGCCCUGGUAGUGGUUCAACAGUCGCUGUGCCUCUUCAGACAAGUUGCCAGUUUCCCACUGUCCAUCAGUACCCCCUCAGACAGCUUGCAUUCUGAACAGACAUUCCAGCAUCCCUCUGAUCAAAAUGAAGAAGGGACUCCAGAGCAGUCAAGCUCACAGAGGGCAUCAGCACAGCAGUGAGGAGAAAGUGAGGGCAGUGUGGAAGGAGAAGGAGGACAAAGAGCAGCAGCACAGGAGGGCUGAGAAGAAGCUGCUGGCCUUCUGGAUGUCUUUGUCCCAUAGGACCUGGACCUUCUUCAGGCCCCGUGAGAGACUGGGAUUCCAGCGGUCUGCCUCUGCCGCCCGGCUGCUGAAGAGUGAGGCAUGAUUUCCCAUGCCUCACUCUUCAGUAUGUGUGUGUGAUGGUCUGUCAGUAACAGAGUGUCAGAAGAGGCCUCACAGACCUGCUGUCAAGUGGACCCAUAUGUGUACAUGCGUGCAUGUCUUCAUGUGUGUGUGUGUGUGUGUGUGUGUGUGUGUGUGUGUGUGUGAUCCAUCAAGUGGAUGAAAGCAGCUUCCUCUGCCUCGUCCUCUGAGUGCUUUGUGUUGCUGUCCUGCCAGUGUUGGAGUCACUGGUGAAGGGCAAAACAAACUUUUCUUUUUCCAGUUUUUUUAAUCUUGCAAAGCUACUUUAAACAGUUUUCAGCAAAGAACCAUCACCAGUGACUUGCAGGAGCCUGGAGAAAGGUGAAGACAACCUGGGAGCAAUCAAAAAGGGAAAUAUUCUUUUGCUCAGUUAGUGUUCCCUCAGUUGAAAUGGAGCAUUACAUCCUUCUCAAAUCAGUUUGACUGAACAUAAACCUUGGGAAUAGAUUUAGUGACAGAAGAGUUGCUCCUCCUUACCAAUACUUUCUGGGUAGGGAUGGGUUAACAGGGGUCAGCCAUGGUGGUCACCCAUCUGGCACUGGAGUUGCAUUUCCAGGGGAAGAAGCUGAAGGGCUUCACAUGCAAACUGUCUCGCUGGACCCAUAACUUCCUGCCUGACAGCUCCUGGACCAUUGCAGCCCAGGUGCUGCUGCCAUACCUGGUGUCCGGCCUAAGCAUGGUGGCAGCUGGGAUUGUCAUGGAUGCUGUGCAACACUGGGAGGUGUUCAGAGAGAUCUCUGAGGUGUUUAUCUUGGUGCCAGCCCUGGUGGGGCUGAAGGGGAAUCUGGAGAUGACACUGGCAUCCAGACUGUCAACAGCAAUGGUGUUCUGUAAUCUGGCUCUCAUUCAGGUCCAAGCCACAGCAGUGGGCUUCCUGGCAGCGGUUGCAGCAGUGGGACUUGGGAGUCUGACCAAUGGGAGGGUGGAUGCUGCCCAGGCUGCUGUCCUGUGUGCCAGCAGUGUCACCACUGCUUUCAUUGCUGCACUGUCUCUAGGUUUGGUGAUGGUGGCAGUGAUCAUAGGCUCCAGGAAAGUGGGCAUCAACCCAGAUAAUGUGGCCACGCCCAUUGCCGCCAGCCUCGGAGACCUCAUCACUCUGUCUUUGCUCGCUGGGGUCAGCAGCUUGUUCUUCUGUUACAGAGACAUGUGGUACCUGCCUCCUCUGGUGUGUGGCUUCUUCCUGCUCCUUAUCCCAGUGUGGGUCAGUAUAGCCCGUCGCUCUCCACCAAUCAGAGACAUCCUAAAGUCAGGCUGGCAACCAAUCAUUUUGGCCAUGUCUAUCAGCAGUAUUGGUGGUCUGAUUCUGGAUAAGACAGUGAGCAAUCCAAACUUCGAGGGUAUGGCAGUGUUCACGCCUGUCAUUAAUGGUGUUGGGGGGAAUCUGGUGGCCAUCCAGGCCAGCAGGAUGUCCACCUACCUCCACUACUGGGGUGUUCCUGGAACUCUUCCACUUAAAAUGAGUGUCAGCUGUCCUGGACCCUGCAUUACCUUCUGCUCCUCAGAUGUGAACUCCAAAUCAGCCAGAGUACUAGCAACCCUUGUAGUCCCAGGUCACCUCCUCUUUCUGGCCACCAUCCAUCUCCUGCAGGGAGGCCAUGUUGCCAUGACACCCACAUUCAUCAUCUGCUACCUGACUGCUGCUCUGCUUCAGGUGGUGAUUUUGCUGUAUGUGGCCAGCCUGAUGGUGCGCUGGCUGUGGCGAAGGGGUCUUGAUCCAGACAAUUUCUCCAUCCCCUACCUCACAGCCCUGGGUGACCUCCUGGGGACUGGCUUCUUGGCACUGAGCUUCAGACUGAUUCUGAUGGUCAGUUCAACUGGUAGUGGAGUCUGAUACAACUAUACACCCUGAAUGUACUGUUUUCUAUAUGCAAAUAGUUGAAAUAUGCAGCAAAGCAGUUAAGAACAAAGGGGAGGACAAAAAUGGUGUUACAUUUGUGCCUCUAUAAUGACCGCACUAUAGGAAAAUAUGAGAACAAGAAAAUGUUUAUUUUUUGCAAGAACCAAGACCUUAUUGUAUAGACGAUCUGUGAAGAAUCGUUUCAUUUGAGCAUAUGAAUAUCUAUUCUUUAAUCAACAAAUGCAGUUAUAGGUUAGCUAUCAUCCACAGAAAUAAGAAUCUGUCACUCAGUUUCAGUCCUGCUCUCUGGACACCUUCUCACUCUGUCUUUCUUGCUGGUUCAGCAUCCCUGCUCAAGUUUUCCUUGCUUAACCUAACACAGAGUUGCUGUGUGCUCAGACAGAAAGCCAAAUGAGUUUUAAAAGCAUUGCAAUUGCACACAUAUGGUCCUGGAGCCUGACCCAGGGCACAGUCCAAUCUAACUGGCUUGUAAACACAAUGUGGUUCCUGGCAGGGUAGUGUCAACACCCCAGUUUUACCUACAAUACAAGCCAAUGUAGUACUAUAACAUCUAGACAGCACUCAAGAGAGUGCAAACCUCUGCCUAGGCAGCUCACUGUCCCUAUAAUGCCAUUACACCUAAAAGCAACA